AUGUCCACCGAGAGAACUUUCAUUGCAGUCAAGCCAGACGGAGUCCAAAGAGGUAUCUUCCCAGAGAUCCUCAGAAGAUUCCAAAACAAGGGAUUCAAGCUUGUUGGUAUCAAGUUGACUUUGGCCAACGAGUCUUUGUUGAGAGAACACUACUCUGACUUGCAAUCCAAGCCAUUCUUCCCAUCCCUGCUGUCUUACAUGCUCUCUGGCCCAAUCUUGGCCACCGUUUGGGAAGGUAAGGAUGUCGUCAAGCAAGGAAGAGUUUUGCUUGGUGCCACCAACCCAUUGCAAUCUGCUCCAGGUACCAUCAGAGGUGACUUCGCCUUGGACAUGGGCAGAAACAUCAUUCACGGUUCCGACUCUGUUGAGAGUGCUGAGAAGGAGAUCUCCCUGUGGUUCAAGAAGGAGGAGCUUGUCGAGUACAAGCCAACCUUGCACGGAUGGAUCUACGAGGUUAAUUUACUAACGUCAGGUCGGCAGCCUCGAACGGUGCAAUUGAUUAGAGCACAGCCCGAGUUCCAGCCGGUGGGCGAGUUUCAACCGCCAUCUUUGGAGACUAGAUGCUCUGCUUAUUCGCCGAACGGAACGCUUUUUGCAUACACUCAGCCAACCGGUGUGUCUGUAUGCGACUCUGAAUCAGGAAAGCUGUUGUUCACCAUUUCUGUUCCAGACGUGUUCGAUAUGCAAUUUUCGCCGCAAGGUACGUUUUUGACCACUUGGUCCAAGCCUACCAAGCUCAGCGACGAUUCCGGAAACUGGGCAAACAACGUCACCAUUUGGAAGCUGGACUUGGAAUCUAGUGCUGGUGUUCCUAUUCAGUCUUACCUGAAUAAGAGUCAGAGCGGAUGGAAAGCACAGUUCACUAGUGACGAAACGAUUUUCUGUCGUUUGAUCAACUUGCAUCAGAUCGACUUUUAUAAAUCGCAAGAAGCGGGCCAAAAACCACUCUACUCCAUCAACGUGAAGGAUAUUGGUCAAAUACAAUCUUUCCAGAUGUCUCCUGGUAAGAACCCUUCGAUUGCUUUGUUUGUUCCUGGAUCUAAAGGCAAACAGUCUUAUAUCCAGGUGUAUUCUUUGCCUAACGUGAAGACACCAACAUCCCAAAAGCAAUUUUUCAACGGAGAGUCAUGCCAGUUUACAUGGAACGAUCUUGGAACAUCCAUUCUUGCACUGGUCAGCACAGAUGUCGAUUCGUCCAACAAGUCAUAUUACGGUCAAACCACCCUGUAUUUAUUGGGAAUUUCGGGAGCAUUCGAUCAAAGAAUCGCCCUUGAUAAAGAAGGCCCGAUCCAUGACAUCACCUGGUCUCCAACAAGCCGCGAGUUUGCCGUGAUUUACGGCUACAUGCCAUCGCAAACUACGUUUUUUGAUGCCCGUGGAAAUGCAAUUCACUCCCUGCCCCAAGCCUCUUCCAACACUAUUCUUUUUUCUCCUCAUGCUAGAUUCAUCCUGGUGGCAGGAUUUGGCAAUUUGCAAGGAGACGUCAACAUUUUGGAUAGACAAAACAAGUUCAACAAGGUGGCCUCUUUUAAAGCUUCAAACACAUCUGUUUGCAAGUGGUCUCCCGAUGGACGCUACAUUCUAACAGCUACCACUUCUCCACGUCUUCGUGUGGACAACUGCGUGAAGAUCUGGCAUGUCAGCGGUUCUCUGUGCUACGUUAAGGAGUUCUCUGAGCUUUACAGUGUGGACUGGAGAUUCCAGCCUUUGGCUGACUUCCCACCUAUUCGUGGCCUGGAUGAAUCCUGUGCUCCUGAUAUUUCUGCUGUUGAGUACUUGGCCAAGCGCACUAAGGUCUCAUCCGCGUCGGACAAGCCUGCAGGAGCUUAUAGACCACCUCAUGCAAGAAAUCAACCUGCCAAACCAGUCACUACAUUGGCUCAGCGUGAAGCUUUGCAACGUAAGAAACAAAUCCCUGGUGCUGCUCCAGCUAAGAAGCAAAUCCCUGGUGCUGUUGAACCAGCCAAGCCUCAAAAGCCAAAGAAGAAGAAGGAGGAAGAGAAGCAGGAACCUGUGCAGCAAAGCGAGUCUUUAGUCAUUGGUGGAGUUAUCUCUUAUGAGGAGAAGAAAAUUAGAAACCUGCUGAAAAAGCUGCGGGCUAUCGAACAGCUCAAGCAGAAGAAAGACAAUGGUGAGUUUUUGGAGGAUACCCAAGUUCUCAAGAUCCAGACAGAGUCUCAAGUCAGAAAGGAAUUGGCUUCGUUAGGCUGGUCCGGAUAA